UCUGAUUACUUUAAAUGAUACCUCGAGUACAAGUAAAAUGAAGUAAUACUUUUCGCCGGCGGCUUUAACUUGCGUGCUGAACCUGAAAUAUAUUCACUGCAAGACAAAUUUAAUAGUAUUUUUUUAAUUUGUUGUUCUAAUCUAAAACCAUUUUUUUUAAUUGAUGAAUAAAUUAAACACACAAUUUAUAACGUGUUAAAUUUCAUUUUAAUUUCAUGAUACUUUGUCCUUAUUAAAUAUUAUUAACCAGAAUUUUCUUCAUUUGAUAACUCAAUCUUUGACUCAUUAAGUCAUCAAGGUCUAUAAAUAAGCUUCAUUGUACAUUGCAAAUGAUAUCAUAAAUAAACUACUUCAAUAAUAUUCUCAUAAUACGUACACACAUUUCAUUAUUCAUUUAGAAUAAAGUUUUCUUAUACCUUCUUUUGAUAAUUUAUUAAAUCAUUACAAAUGGAGAGAAAAACAUCUCAAAUUCAACCACCAACUUAUGGAGAUUUCAUUACUAUUCUUAGUAUUGAUGGAGGUGGCGUUCGAGGAAUUAUUCCAGCUACCAUCCUCACUUUUCUUGAAUCACAACUUCAGGAGUUGGAUGGAAAAAAUGCAAGAAUUGCAGAUUACUUUGAUGUUAUUGCUGGAACUAGCACCGGUGGCCUUGUUACGGCCAUGUUAACGGCUCCAGAUGAAAAUCAUCGUCCACUUUAUGCUGCUAAGGAUAUUACACCGUUCUAUUUAGAGCAUUGUCCAAAAAUAUUUCCACAAAAGAAAUGUGGUUUGUUUGCUCCAAUUGGGAAGAUGGUGCAAGCUUUAAUAGGGCCAAAAUAUGAUGGAAAAUAUCUACAUAAGGUCGUAAAGGAAAAAUUGAAAGAUAUUUGCAUUAGUAAUACUAUUACUAAUGUUGUUAUUCCAACUUUUGAUAUCAAAAAGUUACAACCAACCAUUUUCUCCACUUAUGAGGUACAUAUUUCCUAUUCUAACAAUAUUUUACUAUCAUUUUCAGACUCUAAUUGUGAAACUAUAUAUAUAUAUAUACUGAAUAUGUUAUUAUUGAUGCAGACGAAACGAUCAACAUGUUGUUGUGAUGCAAAAUUAUCGGAUAUUUGUAUUAGUACAUCAGCAGCUCCAACUUAUCUUCCUGCUCAUUAUUUCAAAGUUGAAGAUAGCAAAGGCAAUGUUAAAGAACAUCAUCUCAUUGAUGGUGGCGUUGCGGCUAAUAAUCCGGGUUUGAUUGCAAUAUCGGAAGUAAGCAAAGAGAUAUUGAAGAACAAUCCAGAUUUCUUCCCAAUAAAGCCAAUGGAUUAUGGUCGUUUUCUUGUAAUAUCAUUAGGGACAGGAGCUGCAAAAUGUGAACAAAAAUAUAAUUCAUUGAUGGGAGCAAAAUGGGGGAUUGUAGAUUGGUUAAUUCACAAAGGUUCUACACCAUUAGUAGAAGUAUUCACACAAUCAAGUGCUGAUAUGGUUGAUUAUCAUAAUUCUGUUGUUUUUCAAGCUCUUCGUAGUGAAGAUAGUUACCUUCGAAUUCAAGAAGAUGAACUAAUUGGAACAGAAGCCUCAGUAGAUGUGGCUACAAAGAAAAAUUUGGAGAGAUUAGUUAAAAUUGGAGAAAAAUUAUUGAAAAAACCACUUUCAAGGGUAAAUUUGGAAACAGGUUUAUCAGAAUCAAUUCCUAAAGGAGGCACUAAUGAGGAAGCCCUUAAAAGGUUUGCAAGAUUAUUGGUAAAUGAAAGAAGACUUCGUGAAUCAAGAUCACCACUUAUCAAAAAAAGCUUUAAAGUUAUGCAGUCAUAAAAUAAGAAUCGAGUUGUUUAAUUAAGUAAUAUAUAUUGUAACUAUAUAUAAAUUUCUUAGCUAGCUAU